UAAACAUUCCUCUCGUCCAUUGUUGUCAAAAUAUUAUUUGUAGCUAGCAAGCUACUGAAACGUCCACGGCGAGUAAUUAACAAUCACAGGCACCUGCAAUCAAUAUGAAUGUAGUUGAGUUCCUGGUGUCCCUGCUGGAUGUGCAUAAACAACAGCUGAAAGCGCUGACCAGACAGGGGGAGAUCCAGGAAAAGGUCCUCAGCCAGCUGGUCAAGGAUGGUUUAACCAAAACCCUUGACCGGUCUUCACCGCAGGAUGAAGAGGAACAGAGAAGGCCUGGGAUGACAACAGGGAGAGAUAAAGAUCCAGAGGACUGGGUUGCUAGGCUGGCUGGGCUGCUGCAAGAGGAGAAACAGAAGAAGAGUCAACCGAUCAGACCCCAGGGGUUGACUAAUGCCUCCCAGACCAGGGUACAGGGACAGAUGUGGACUGUGGAGGACAAGAGCAGGCAGGACUUCCUGUCCCUGAGGUACAACACCCAGAAGGGAGCCAGAGAGCUGGGGCAGAGGCUUGACUCGGCUGCUAAGCACUGGCUUAGGCCUGACCUAAGGACUGCUGCACAAGUAGAGCAGUGUGUUGCUAUGGAGCAGUUUCUGUCCCUAUUGCCAAGGGAGGCUGGUGCCUGGGUGCAGAAGCAGCAGCCCAGGGAUAUGGAGGAAGCAAUCAGCAUGGCUGAGCAGCAGCUUGGGUCUGGGGUCUUCACCGUCUCCUCGCCUGCCCCUACACAGACAGACACAGCACAGAGCUCAAAAGAGGCACAUGAACAAGGGAGUGUCAAGAUGCAGAGCACCAGUGAUCAGCCAGAUGCUUUGACCAAGUCAUUUCUCAACCAGCUGGAGACGGUUAAACUGGAGUCUGUCCAUUUCAGCCUGGAGAUUCCUGACGUGGGGAUGACCAGCUAUCAGGAGGAGCAGGACGAGCAUAAGAGGGUCCCAGAAGAAGGGUCCAUCUUUGUGUGUAAGCAGGAAGUGGAAGAUCCUGGCUGGCAUCAGGAGAGUGCUCCUCCAGAGCCCAUCCAAAUGUCUGUGAGAACAACAGAACAUGAAAGCAUGUCUGUGAACACACCUUACAUCUUCCUUCCCAGAAACAACCCUCUCUCCUCCACCAUGUACACGCAUCCAACACCCACAGUGUCCAGUCAGAUCCCCUCCCCACAGUCACCCCCACCCCUAGCUCCUGACGCCUAUCAUCCACAUGUCCAGGACAGCCCAGUGAUAGCCGGACUGCGGAGUAAUGCUUCCAGUGACGAGACUGAGCUUACUGCCAGGUACACAAGGCUAAUCUCUGAAGAUGGACAGUUGACCUGGGGGACCCUCUCGGGUGUUCCUUCACCCUCCUUCCACACUCGCCAGUCAUCACCCUCGCCCUCCCAUCAGUGCCCAGACUGUGGCUGCUGCUUCGCCCAGCAGAGGAACCUGGAGGAGCACAGGAACAUUCACACGGGAGCGAGGCCCUUCGUCUGUGGGGUGUGUGGGAAGGCCUUCUGCCACCGCCGCACCCUCAACAAACACACACGCAUCCACUCCUGGGAGAGACCCUUUCAAUGUACUGACUGUGGACAGACCUUCAAACUCAAAGACACCAUGAAGAGGCACCAGGUUUCCCACAGCAAGCCAGGGCCAGGGGCACGUCACCUCUCUCACUCACGCUGAUACUCUAACUAUCAGCACUUCACCUGGCUGGGAGGAGGCCUCGUGAGAAUUGACACACAACAAGGACUUGAAGUAGGACUGGUCAGGUGGCUUUCUCUGUAAAUGUCCUACGUAGGCAGAUGUAUUUGUGAGAAAACUACCAGUGUUUUCUGUUGGCGUGUUCCAUAAACAGUGGACACUGCUUUGGGUUUCACAGGUGAACUGGUUGGUGGAACAUCGCUCCCAUGUUUCCAUGUAAACAAGCUCAAAUUACUUGUUCUUUAUUUAUUCUUUUUUUGAAAGAUGCCCUUGAUCCAAGAUAGAGGUAUUUCAUGCAUUUUGAUGUUGUGAUAGUUAAUCUUUAAUUAUUUGUUUGUGAUCAUGGUAGUACUUAUUUUCAGAACAGAGAUCAGAAAACAUUGUGUGACAGUGUACUGUAUUUAUUUUUAGAAUCAAUAUGUUUUAUGCAUGAUGUAUGUACAGUACCAGUCAAAAGCUUGGACACCUUCAUUCAAGGGUUUUUCUUUAUUUGACUAUUUUCUACAUAUUAGAAUAAUAGAAGACAUAAAAUCUAUGAAAUAACACAUGGAAUCAUGUAUUAACCAAAAGUGUUAAGUAAAUCAAAAUAUAUUGGAGAUUUUUCAAAGUAGCCACCCUUUGCCUUGAUGACAGCUUUGCACACACUUGGUAUUCUCUCAACCAGCUUCACCUGGAAUGCUUUUCCAACAGUCUUGAAGGAGUUCCCACAUAUGCUGAGCACUUGUUGGCUGCUUUUCCUUUAUUCUGCAGUCCAACUCAUCCCAAACCAUCUGAAUUGGGUUGAGGUUGGGUGAUUGUGGAGGCCAGAUCAUCUGAUGCAGCACUCCUUCACUCUCCUCCUUGGUCAAAUAGCCCUUACACAGCCUGGAGGUGUGUUUGGUCAUUGUCCUGUUGAAAACAAAUGAUAGUCCAACUAAGAGCAAACUAGAUGGGAUGGCAUAACGCUGCAGAAUACAUUGGUAGCCAUGCUGGUUAAGUGGGCCUUGAAUUCUGAAUAAAUCACAGUGUCACCAACAGAGCACCAUCACACCUCCUCCAUGCUUCACAGUGGGAACCACACAUGUGGAGAUCAUUGGUUCACCUCCUCUGCGUCUCACAAAGACAGCUGUUGGGGUAAAAAAAUCAAACAUUUGGACUCGUCAGACCAAAGGACAGAUUUCCACCCGCCUAAUGUCCAUUGUCGUGUUUCUCGGCCCAAGCAAGUCUCUUCUUGUUAUUGGUGUCCUUUAGUAGUAGUUUCUUUGCAGCAAUUCGACCAUGAAGGCCUGAUUUUCAUGCAGUUUCCUCUGAAAAGUUGAUGUUGAGAUGUCUGUUACUUGAACUCUGAAGCAUUUAUUUGGGUUGCAAUUUCUGAGGUUGGUAACUCUAAUGAACUUAUCCUCUGCAGCAGAGGGAACUCUGGGUCUUCCUUUUCUGUGGCGGUCCUCAUGAGAUCGUUUCAUCAUAGCGCUUGAUUGUUUUUGUGAUUGCACUUGAAGACACUUUCAAAGUUCUUGAUAUUUUCCCUAUUGAUUGACCUUCAUGUCUUAAAGUAGUGUUGGACUGUCGUUUCUCUUUGCUUAUUUGAGCUGUUCUUGCCAUAAUAUGGACUUGGUCUUUUACCAAAUAGGACUGUAUUCUGUAUACCACCGCUACCCUGUAACACAACUGAUUGGCUCAAACACAAUAAGAUGGAAAGAAAUUCCACAAAAUAACUUCUUUGGGAUAGGGGGCAGCAUUUUCACUUUUGGAUGAAUAGCAUACCCAGAGUAAACUGCCUCCUAUUCAGUCCCAGAUGCUAAUAUAUGCAUAUUAUUAUUAGUAAUGGAUAGAAAACACUGAAGUUUCUAAAACUGUUUGAAUGAUGUCUGUGAGUAUAACAGAACUCAUAUGGCAGGCAAAAUCCCCUAUCGAAUACACAGUGGGAUAUGGGUUAUUUUCCACUAGAUGUCAACAGUCUUUUGAACGUUGUUUCAGGCUUUUACAGUGAAGGGGGGCCGGAUGAGAGCUGUUUGACUAAGGGGUCUGCCAGCAGCCUCGUUCUCAGUCACGCGCAUUUCACAUGAGAGGUAGCUCUCGUUCUAUUGCUUUUCUACAGACAAUGGAAUUCUCCGGUUGGAACAUUAUUGAACAUUUAUGAUAAAAACAUCCUAAAGAUUGAUUCUAUACUUAGUCUAUACUAAGUUUAUACUUAGUUUUUUUCAACCUGUAAUAUAACUUUUUGAACUUUUCGUCCGACUGGACCUGAACACACAAUUGGCCUAGAGUCGUCCGGGUUAGGGAGGGUUUGGCCAGAAGGGAUAUCCUUGUCUCAUCGCGCACUAGCGACUCCUGUGGCGGGCCAGGCGCAGUGCACGCUAACCAGGUCGCCAGGUGCACGGUGUUUCCUCCGACACAUUAGUGCGGCUGGCUUCCGGGUUGGAUGCGCGCUGUGUUAAGAAGCAGUGCGGCCUGGUUGGGUUGUGUUUCGGAGGACGCAUGGCUUUUCGACCUUUGUCUCUCUCCAGCCCAUAUGGGAGUUGUAGCAAUGAGACAAGAUAGUAGCUACUAACAAUUGGAUACCACAAAAUUGGGGAGAAAAGGGGGUAAAAAAUGUUUGGUUUUAAAUGGUGCCUAAUACUUGUAUGUUUGAGAAAUUUGAUUUAUGGGAUUUCUGUUGAUUUGUAUUUGCCGCCCUGCAAUUUCAUUGGCUGUUGGCGAGGAACCCCAGUCCUAGACAGGUUAACUUUAAACCAAGCACACCUGUUAACUGAAAUGCAUUCCAGGUGACUACCUCAUGAAGCUGGUUGAGAGAAUGUCAAGAGUGUGCAAAGCUGUCAUCAAGGCAAAGGGUGGCUACUUUGAAGAAUCUCAAAUAUAAACUAUAUUUUGAUUUGUUUAAAACUCUUUUGGUUACUACAUGAUUCCAUGUGUUAUUUCAUAGUUUUGAUGUCUUCACUAUUAUUCUACAAUGUAGAAAAUAGUACAAAUAAAGAAAAACCCUUGAAUUAGUCGGUGUUUUCAAACUUUUGACUGGUUACUGUAAGUAUUCAGACCCUUUACUUUGUUGAUGCACCUUUGGCAGCGAUUGCAGCCUUGAGUCUUCUUUGGCAUGACGCUAUAAGCUUGGCACACCUUUAUUUGGGGAGUUUCUCCCAUUCUUCUCUGCAGAUCCUCUUAAGCUCUUUCAGAGACUUGUUCCUGAAGCCACUCCUGCGUUGUCUUGGCUGUGUGCUUAGGGUCGUUGUCCUGUUGGAAGGUGAACACUCGCCCCAGUCUAAGGUCCUGAGCCCUCUGGAGCAGGUUUUCAUCAAGGAUCUCUCUGUACUUUGCUCCGUUCAUCUUUCCCUCGAUCUUGACUAGUCUCCCAGUCCUUGCCGCUGAAAAGCAUCCCCGCAGCAUGAUGAUGCUGCCACCACGCUUCACCUUCGGGAUGGUGCCAGGUUUCCUCCAUAUGUGACACUUGGCAUUCAGGCCAAAGACUUCAAUCUUGGUUUCAUUAGACAAGAGAAUCUUGUUUCUCAUGGUCUGAGAAUACUUUAGCUGCCUUUUGGAAAACUCCAAGCGGGCUAUUAUAUGCCUUUUACAAAUGGGUGGCUUCCGUCUGGCCACUCUACCAUAAAGGCCCGAUUGAUGGAAUGCUUCUUCCUUCUAGAAGGUUCUCCCAUAUCCACAGAUGAACUCUGGAGCUCUGUCAGUGACCAUCAGGUUCUUGGUCACCUCCCUGACCUAUCUCCCCCGAUUGCUCAGUUUGGCCAGCCAGUGAGCUAGCUCUAGGAAGAGUCUUGUUGAUUCCAAACUUAUUUCAUUUAAAAAUGAUGGAGGCCACUGUGUUCUUGGGGACCUUCAAUGCUGCAGUAAUUCUUUGGUACUCUUGCCCAGACAUUUACCUUCAACACAAUUCUGUCUCGGAGCUCUACAGACAUUUCCUUCGACCUCAUGGCUUGGUUUUUGCUCUGACAUGCACUGUCAACUGUGGGACCUUAAAUAGACAGGUGUGUGCCUUUCCAAACCAUGUCCAAUCAAUUGAAUUUAACACAGGUGGACUCCAAUCAAGUUGUAGAAACAUCUAAAAAAUGAUCAAUGGAAACAGGAUGCACCUGAGCUAAAUUUCUUUUUUUAUUUGUAUUAAAUUUGCAAAAAUGUCAACCUGUUUUCACUUUGUCAUUAUGGGGUAUUGUGUGUAGAAUGAUGAGAUUUUUUAAAAUCCACUUUAGAAUAAGGCUAUAUUGUAACAAGAUGUGGGAAAAGGGGAGGAGUCUGAAUACUUUCUGAAUACUUUCCGAAUACACUGUAUACACAUUUGUAUCAGAUACUGUAGCUGGAGGAUGUUCAUAAUUAUUUACUUGCACAGUUUGUAAAGAGAACCAUUGAUAUAUUUCCAAUUUAGGAAUAUUCUUUGACUAAGAUUACAUGUCACAGUAAUAAAGUCAAAGGAAUGAUUUGA